AUGGGUGUGUAUUAUUACCUAUUCAGUCUCAUUGACUUGGCUGUCUUUGAUCAUCCCCAGAAAGCCAUCCGUCAGUCCCAGUCUCUGUGUGCUGGGGAAAAGGAGUAUGUUCACCAGAGGAAACGAGUAGUUCUGGAGUCCCUCAGCAGCCUGGGAAUCAACUGUACUACAGAUUCAGUUCCCCACAUCGCUCUGUUGGCAUCAGGUGGGGGUCAGAGGGCAGCUGUGGGUCUGGUCGGUUCCCUCUAUCAGAUGGAAAAGGAACAUCUGUUGGACAUGCUGCUCUACCUGGGAUCAGUAUCUGGGUCAACAUGGUAACAAUAACCACACUUAACACA